AUGAGUUUUUAUUUAAAACAUGAUAUUCUUAUAACAUUUCAAGAAACAUCCAAAGAUUUAUUUGAUUCAAUAAAAAAUCGUAUUCGACAAGGAAAAGGUCGUAUAAGAAAAUCUAAAAUUGAUUAUCUCUUUUAUUCGCUUCUUGAUGUUAUUGGUGAUCAUUAUAUGGAUGUUCUUCAUAUGAUGGAUACAUCAGUUGCAUCAAUUGAUAAUCAAUUGAUGAAAACACUUAAAUGUGAUACAUUAGAAUCUAUAUAUGAUUUAAAACGUGAUAUUCUUUCUUUACGUUCAAUAAUAUCUCCAUUCAAAGAAAUAAUUAUUAAAUUACAAAAAGAAGAAGAAACACAAAUUAUGCAAGAAAGUACAAAUAUUUAUUUAAAAGAUUUAUUUGAUCAUAUUGUACAAGCUAAUGAUUCUAUUGAUACAUAUAGAGAAAUGUUAUCAUCAUUUCUUGAUUUUUAUAUGAUCUUAAAUUCAAAUCAUAUGAAUGAAAUAGUUAAAACAUUAACAAUUGUAACAAGCAUUUUUAUUCCAUUAACAUUUAUUGGUGGAGUUUAUGGCAUGAACUUUGAAAAUAUGCCUGAACUUCGUUAUAAAAAUGGUUAUUUUAUUGUACUUAGUUGCAUGGGUAUGUUGGUAAUACUCAUGCUUUCAUUUUUUAAGUAUAAACAUUGGUUGUAA